AUGAAGCUCCACAUCCUCCACAUCCUAGCCAUCGUAGCAUUGGCUUCGGCACAUAUCCUCCCACCCACCUCCACCGACAGUUCAACCGUCAAUCUCACUCGCGAUGCCUACAAAAACGCCGAUGCAGAUGGUGCGAAACUCAGCAACAUCUCCGACGACCAUGAUCCUUCUAUUGUCCACACUCUCGCCAACCCACCCACCAAAUUCGAGAAAGCAAUCUCGAUCGGUCAAACUUUAGACUCGGCCAUGCGCUCCAAGGAUAGUGUCGCCCGCUGGUUUUUCAAAGACUUCCCACAGUUCGCCGAAACAUGUCAAUCACCUUUCACCGGUGACGGAAAAGCCGAAUUGGCGAAGUGGGGUUUCGACGACAGCGACGCGUUAAGCGCUACGGUGGCCAAGGAGUGCGAUUUCGAUGGUUAUCACAAGAUCAAGGCGGCGUUUGAUGAACUUGGUCUCGACACUAGAAGCAGUGCAUCUUUUGAAUUUGCCGUCAAUCCUAACGGCCUUAUAGCCCUCAUGAACGUGAUGAGCAUGACUUAUUCCGCGAAGACAUACACGUGGUUUCGUACACCCCUCCCCGAAGAGCUCCCGCAUAUCGGUACGACGCAGGACAUUGCCUGGGCCAUGUGGAACCGCGUCGAUGCACCUGAUCUCGCCGGCCUGAAGUAUCUGCUCGUCACGCAGGUCAUGAACGCGGGGAGUAGAGAGCUGUUUAGAAGUGCGCUGGAAACACUGAAUCCGCCGCAGAGUGAGUACAAGUUGUGGCCGGGAGAAGAAUUCAAAAUAGAAACGAAGGGAGGGAAGGCGAUUCUGGGCUCACCGGUGGGCCGAUGGGCUGGCUACCUCUUACUACAGCACAAGGACCAACUUGGAGGGAACCGAUAUAUCGAAAAGGUUAGGUUGUUCAAGCCACCAGGCGCGAGUCUACCGUAUCUUCUCUUCUAUGUAGCAAAGGAACCGGCGGCUGGACAAGCUAGCUUGACGGAGGCUGAGGCGCAGGCAGAGAAAGGCUCGCUACGGGUGGCAAGAAGAGAGAUGGGCGGUAAGAACUUUUUGAGAAAGCACGUCAUCCACAUGGGGUAA